AUGGUGCGCAAGAAGAUGAAGAGAGUGGCUGAUGAACUUACCGCUGACAAUAAGGCUGCGUCUGGACUGACCGGCACCGUGUGCUCCUGGCUCAAGGAUCUGGACCUCGUCGGCCACGAGCUGUUGCCUGCGAUCUCGUCUGACCUGGAUAUAUUCAGUCUGCUGUGUCGUGCUGGCGAGAGCUCAGCAGGGAGUAGUACCGCAGAGAGCAAGUUUGCCCAAGCCCGUGGGCUGCAGGCAUUGCGAGCGGCUGUCGCCGGUGGGUCGGCAUCCGUUGAGGAUCUACGCUUGAUAUUCCUGUACGGCCUCUUGUUGUACAUCGAUCCCGGCACCUCGCAUCUCCGCAAAGCCAUCAAAAACUUGCUAGGAGCGACGGAGAAGGUCAUUCAGGAGCAGCAGCUUGAGAGCGGCAACAGCAGCAUGACAGAUAGCAUUGCAGGGCUCGUCGCCGCCAGAUUGGCAAAGCGUUCGUGGGACUUGCAAGCGGGCGCGGCGGCGACACACGACGAAGCAGAUCCAUCAGGAGGGACGGCGACGGCAGCUGCCGCGGCUGUGCGUACGGCGGUAUCACUGUGAGUUGCCAGCUCCACCCAUCUUUUAUAAGGGUGCGUCACUGUACUGCUGUAGUCAAGGCGCUGUGAUGCUAGGGGGAACAAUUGUACCAAUUUAGCAUACCCCUGCGGUAACCAUGUGGAUGCUACAGUAUUGCACUCGACGACCAUCGCGUGUUCGGUAUCUUUUGUUUCCUCUUUGUAACCGUGCGCUUGAAGGAGGAAUACGUCUUUGUCUCGCUGUACAGCAGUUAGGGGUGUCAAUCGGGCAGAUUUUGGAGCCAAAAAUGUGACCGGUCUAUUCAGCGAUUUGGGGGGGGGGGCACACGGAUUGGGUUAUUUUUCGGCCCUUGAGAGUUGUUGUUGUUGUCUUCACAUUAAACCGUAUGUCAAUUGCUAAUUGCCAAAAUCUAGCAAAGACUCUCAGCCCGUGGUCACGAAAGUUCUAGAGCUAUCUGAGGAUCUAAAGAACACGCACACAAAUAACGAGAAAAAGGUAUUCAAGAGCCCGAAGAGGUACUACUACACCUAUAUAUAAUCCCUGCAGCACCGUAUGCGGGCCCAAAAACUGAACUGCACGUCCGUCCCACCGUUCGACUACAGUAGCAUCACCCCCUCCCUGUCCCACUCUAUACCAAAACGGAAGAUUGCCGACUACAGCAUACUGCUGUCUGAAGUGCUGUCUG